GUUUUCCAUUAUGGGGAUGGGGUAAGGUUGGAGAUGGCGUUAUAGCGAACUCCUCAAGUUCCCUCUCGGACAGAAUCAAAAUCGAUUCCUCUAUUGAUUCCCAAGAAUGAUGGAAUCAAAAAUCACAGAAGUGUCACGCCGAAAAUCUUCUGAUAUAAUUAGCAACCUUCCAGGCGAUGUGAUUAAUGCCAUUUUAAUGUGUUUGCCCCUGCGAGAUGCUGUUAGGACUAGUAUCUUGUCGAGGAAAUGGCGGUAUAACUGGGUCAAACUUCCAAAACUAACACUUGAUCACACACUGUGGAAAGAAACCAAGCAAAACAUAUCAACUACUAGAGUUAAAUUUGCAGUGAUUCUCUAUCAGCUCUUGUCACUUCAUCAAGGACCAAUUACUAAGUGUAUACUCUCCAUUCCUGAUCUGAAAGAUUGCCCUGAGAUUGACAACUUUAUGUUUUUCCUGUAAAAGAAUGGGGUCGAGUCUCUCGUUCUUGAACUUCCGGAGGUGAAAAAUACAAAUUGCCCCCUGCAAUUUUCACGUGUUCAAAGGUGAGGUAUUUGGUUCUGCACCAUUGUCAAAUCAAUCCACCACCUUCCUUUGAAGAAUUUAGUAGGCUACUUUGUCUGAAAUUGUUUAACGUCGCUAUUUCUGCCAAAUCGCUUGAGAAUUUAAUCUCUUGUUGCCCACUUCUCGAGUGUCUGGAGCUGGAAAUCUUAGACCCCUUGAACUUUAUCGAAGUCAAUGCUCCUCAAUUAAGAUACUUUUACUUUGGAAGCAAAAUAAAUUCUUUAUGUUUCAAGAAUACCACUCUUCUUGCUGAUGUUGCAAUAGCAAUGGGACAUCCUUUAGAUCAUGGAUCUUCUGUGGAGAGAGGAAAAUGUGAUUUUGCCGAGUUUUUUGGUUCCUUGCCUGCUGUUAAGGAUCUCCGCUUGGAUAUAUGUAUUAUCAAGGCCAUGAUAGCAGGACUAGAUGAAAUCCCAGUAAGGCUUCCCAUGCCUCUUCUCUCUCUUCGACAGUUUUACCUGUUCGAUAUUUGUCUAAGUGGAUUUGAUGAAGUUUGCUGUCUUCUUUGCUUGAUUAGAAGUUCCCCAUAUUUAGAAGAAAUUGAAAUUGAGACAUUUAAUGACAAAGGAGAUGAACUUCCUGCUCAGGAAUUUUUGGAAGCUGAAUACUAUUCUGACAUAAAGCUGAAUCAGCUUACCAAAGUUAAACUGAAAGCAAUUAGUGGCACAAAGCCUGAGAUUGAAUUGAUCAAGCUUCUGUUGGCCAAGUCUCCGUUGUUGGAGACAAUGAUUAUUGAGACUUGCACAUUAUCUAAGCAAACAUUGAUCGAUAUAAUGAAACAGGUUACGAAAUUCGGAAGGUCAUCACCUCGAGCAGAAGUCAUCUUUUAAGAUGGAAAUGUUAAUCUGAAUCUGACGUGGAUGCUGAUUUGUCAUCCACAUCAAGCAAGUGAGCAUCACACGAAUCCGAAGGGGUUUAAAAGUCUUAUUUUGAUCAAGUUGAGGUGUCUGGAAGAAACUUUGUGGAGUAUAGGGACCGGGAGGACAAUCCGGAACAAGUACAAGUGUCUCCCAGACCAUUCUGCCUUAUGGAAAGUCAAAUAUAAAUUUACUAAUGAACAAUGUGUUGAUGCAGUGACUGAUGACUGUCUUUUUGGAGUAUGCCUCUGUAGCUUUAGUUAACUAUUAUGGGAAGUCAAAUGUAAACAAACUUAUAGGCUAUAAAAUGCCUUUUGGGUCAAAUGCUUAUGUAACCUUAAAGGCCCCGCCCUGUUUGCCACCCUCACUUAUAGUGCACAAACAUGCUGACUAUAUAUGACUCGUGCAAAACUUAGUUGAACCCUGAUGGGUAAAUGCUUAUGUAAAAUUAACUUGUCAGUGAGUAGAUGCUCUUUUAAAUAGCUAAGAUGGACAGAAGCAGAGGUCUCUUUGAGUAAUUACUUAAAUAAUAUAGUUACACAUGCCAUAAUCUAUGAAUUCCUCAGUAUUUUCAUCACAUGUCAAGUACCUCAAGCCAAAUCAUCUUGAAACAAGAGUUUUAGCAAGUGUAAUGACAAGCAGUACUCAAACAGCUAGAUAAGAGAUGUAAGAGACCCGAGAUGUCUGAGUGGCCCUUGCAUUGCAUAUAAAGUAAAGAUGAUUCCUAGCUCAAUAAUAAUGCAUGGUGGAUUCAGAAUUGAAAGCGACUAAUAAGAGAUGUAAGAGACCCUAGGCUCCGGCAAACUCAUACACCAUUGCGGAAUAUGUAGUGAUAUAUCCACUUCAUUUCAUAAAGUUUAUUUCUUCUUUUUUUCCUUCAGUGAACAGAAGUAAACUUUAUUAAUUGUUCCAGGAACUAGACAUAUUAUUAUUUUGUGUUAUAGAUAAGCACAACAUUUUCUUCCAACAUACUUAACGCUUUUCAUCGAAGUUCAUCUCUUAAACGCAGAUCACAGCAUUAUUAACCUUUGUUUACAAGCUUUCACACAAUGCACAUGAAUUGUUGAAUUUAAGCUUGUAUCAGUUUUUUACACACUAU